AUGGUAGAUAAAACUAUGAACUCGGUUACAGGCGAUGAUAUCAAUUGGGUCCUGCCGUACGAAAGAUCUACUAUUGAUGAUUGUAAGUUCGCAAAGCGUGUUGCGUAUCUUUUUAAAAAAUUAGGGACCACAUUUGUGGCGCCCCUAAAGACUAAUGAAGAUCAUAGUGUGCGAUGGUUGUGUGGAGGAUCGUUGAUCUGGCAAAACUUCAUUCUUACCGCGGCCCAUUGCGCAGCUGACGAUAACAACGUUCCACCAGAUGUAGCUCGUAUGGGAGAUAUUAAUAUCUACAGCGAUGAAGACGAUGAGUUUGCGCAACAAUUGAAGAUAGUGGACAUCAUUCGCCACCCAAUGCAUCGAUUUAGCUCGGCGUAUUACGAUAUUGCGCUCAUGAAGCUGGAGCGAAAUGUCACGUAAAAAAGAAAGUAAAAGGAAAGUUGGAAGGCAAUAGGAUCGCAUUUCAAUUCAAGUUUCUAUUUCUCAGCGUU